UUGGUCACAGGUAAAAAUCAGGGUCGAUUAGUUCAAAAGGGCUAAACGGAGCCCUGAGAGUCAACUCAAAAUACGCACGAAGCGUUUUCGUGGUUUUCGUUUCGCGCGGCGACUCCUUGGUAGCGGUUCACGGGAGAGGGAAAAAGUGAGGUUACAUGUACGUUGUCUCGGGUGAUUCAGUUGUGAAAAAGUGUUUCGCGUUGGUUCUGAUUGCUUCGCCCUUUCUCUCCGAGAUGUAGAAAAAGACGAAAAAAAUGCGUGAAAUAAUCCCACUCACAUUCUGGUUGUCGACGGGAUCGACGUUGAAUUCGAGGGAGUAAGUGUGCUUUUUGGUUUCUUUAUUGUGUGUUUUACUGGGGUUACUACAUUGUGCCGCGAGUUUCGGUGAAGAACGAUUGAGCCUGAGAGACAAAUUCAUGCAAAUGUUAGAGAUUGUUUUAUCAUUAUCGUGAGUGAUUGCCUUUGUUUUUUUCGAUCCAUGAUCGCGAACCUAUGCAACAAUUUGGAUUCAGUUUUGGAUCAUUUCGAAUGCUGGUAGCUGAUUGUCAUGCGAUUCUGACGAACCUGUCUAGAAAAGUGCGAGUAAUUAAGAAGAAGGAAGUGUUGGACUAAGAGGGGAAUUUUCGGGGGAGGAUGCUCGGCAGCUGGGGUUGGGAAGAAGAAUUGGAGCUGGGAGAGGGAAUAACCCUUUUGCAGGAUAACCAGAGAAGUGAAAGCCCUGACACGACACAUCCCGUCCCCGACAGCCGGGUGCUAAGGUAUGCACCCAGCCGUUGCCAUCAUCCUCCCACCUUCAACUUGCCGCACUCUGGUCCACAGCCUCCUCUCGACUGUAUUGAUUAGCAGUGUGAGGUUGGCAAGAUGCUGACUGCGCAUCCCGAGAUGCACGAGAAGCGGGAUUCCCUUGGAGGAGGGCAAUAUGGAACAGGCGGGGGUGGAGGGGCGAUUGAUGAUAAAUCUGCCUCUGAUCAACCACCCCCGCCUCCACCUCCGCCGCAACGAGACCCGUCGGACCCGACGAUUAGCGCCAAGAAACUUCCGAAAAAAAGAAAAUUCGAUCCGUCGGAACUCGAGGAAAUGGACACGAGCAACGUCACCUGCAAUCUCAACAACAUGAUCAGCAUACGAGCAACCAAUCAGCCAAUUAAUAGUCAUUCAACAUUAGUUCAUUCAGCCAUGUCUCUGCCACAUCCGCAACCCCAACAAUCGCAACUCCAACAAGUAGACUGCUUUCAGAUGGCUUCGGGUCAGUCGGUGGUGGUUUUACCUCCACAAAGUACAGCUGUGGACUACUCGCUUCGAGAAGAAUCACCGCGUUCUCGUCCUCGACCAGCUCCGGUCGCAAUUGAUCUCAGCGAGUGGCGCGACCACCGAGUGUUAGCUUUAAGAGAUUCCGGCUAUUAUCCUGGUGUCAUUCGAAACGCGACUCUCGGGGAAAUUUUUAUCGAGUUCGACGGCGAAGGGAAGCUGGUGCGUUAUAGUGAUGUUCUCGGUGUAGGGAAAUACGAUGUGAUAGGUGACGCUAGCCCGUCGGUGGAGCAGGUCAAGAUAGAUUCAAAGGUGUGUGUCAGGUGUCCGACUGCGAAUAGCCACAUUGACACAAUGACAAGUGUGUUUGUAAAAGGGACUGUGUGCAAAAUAUUAACAAAGCCAAAGCGUUUUGUUGUUAAGAUACCGAGGGAGGACGAUCAAAGUGACAGUUAUAUCGUGAAACGUGCUGACUUGAGACUGGUGCAACCACCUUGGUGGGACGAACUUGAAGAAGGGAUGGAGGACUGCGAAUCUUUGAGGGCUGAUACUAGUGAUUAUCGGAAUUCUUUGGAAGCUCCAGGGGCGCUUUUACAACUGCAUACGCACCAACAUUCGUCUCAUAUCUCGACGCAUGGUGGUGACUCCAGUGGUUAUUACCGAACUACAGGUACAAGUCCUCUCAUGGCGCUGACAAGUACUCCAGUUCAUUCUGCAAGUACGGCACUCAGCAAUGGGAGCCGACUAUACGAGGAAAUCGAGAGUGAAGAUGAUUUAGAUCGGGAAGACAUCACAUUUCCGGAUGCAGAUGCAAAAUUGUCAGGGAGCAGUAAAAGAAGUAGUAUGCAAAGUCGAGGUAGUACCAGUAGUCUUGUCGAGCAGCGUAGUUUAACUCCUCGUUCUCAGGCUGCUACACCCAGAUCUCAGGCGGCAACGCCACAUAAAUACAAAAAGGGUGAUAUAGUGGUUACUCCGAGUGGAAUUAAGAAAAAAUACAAUGGAAAGCAGUGGAGAAGGCUCUGUUCGAAGGAAGGAUGUUCGAAGGAGAGUCAAAGACGAGGUUACUGCUCUCGUCAUCUUAGUUUAAAAGGGUCGGGACUUAGGGGACCGGCGAAUACGUUUCCUGGAGGCAGAGCGGACGGAGAGGAUACGUCAAGGGAUUCGGAAACGUCACCGAAUUAUGGGGAUAGAAGAAUAGCUGGCAGAUUCGAUCAAGAUGAGACUGAAGCUGCCAAUAUGCUUGUAUCCUUAGGAAGUUCAAGAUCGGCAACGCCGGCCUUCUCAUCACCAACCGGGCAGUCGUCGAUAUCGCCCUGUAUAAAUCAGUCACCCGUGCCAGCUCUGGGCCUAAACCAGAACAACGUUUUCAUGCCAAUCUCAAGUCCGGCGCAUCACGUGGCUCCGUUAAUAUCCCCGAGCGCGAAAUGGAAACACUCGCCGACUCAGUCAAAUUUUUUGGUGCAAUACCAGCAGCAAGUGAUAAAGCCGGAACCGAAUCGAAUGGUGAGGCCAAAUCGACCGGCCCAGACUGCCCCAACGGCCCCAGCUAGUAUAGGAACCAGUGUAAUAAGAAUCUCCCCCGUGGGUCGUGGAAUGCCCAGUCAGAAUUUAACGCUCUCGUGGGCCGAGCAGAGUCCACCGCCGAGGCAUCCCUCGGUUGUCACGUCCAUGGCUCAGCAACAGCAUCAGAAUCAACAGCAGCAGCAGCAUCAACAGCAGCAGCAGCAACAAGGCAUAAUACUUCAGCAGGCUCUUACUUCCAAUAAUGGCUUUGCAAAUCAUUCAGAGAUCUCGGAACAGAACGUUCAGUUAUUGAAACCACCUCACUCUCCUCAUGUCCCUUUAUCGGCGCUUCCUCCACAAAACGUGAGCCAUCUGCAUAAAACUCAAGAACAGCCUGUGGACUAUGCUCAACCUCAAACACAACCUCCUCCCAGUCAGCCUAUUUAUGUGAUGCAGCAGCACCAUGAUAAGAAGUAUUUGGUGAUAAAAAACAGUAUGGAGGUGGUCUCGCCGGGCCACGCAGUCAAUCAGGAUGAAAAAUACCGGCAUACUUUAAUAAAUCAUCUUGCUCCACUUCCGUCUCUGCAUCAAAUUCAGUGUCAACCGUCGCAAUCACCAGCGGCUCCCUCGUCCGUCCAUGAGAAGAUGUCAGUUCUGCAACAGUCGGCUAAAGUUGGUUCCCACAUACCUGUGCAUACGGAUAUGCAAAGGAGUCAACUUCCACCAACGAGUGUCGUAAUAGCAGCCACCACAACCAACACUUCUACUCCGACCAGUGUCUUCCAGCAUGUCAUCGUCCAGCCGGGACAUUUAAUCCAAGUUCCCAAAAAUCAGCCUCUUCGUGAAGAAAACACAAAAAAUAACGGAGUUUUAUAUGGCAGCCAUGACGUUAUUUCUGCAUACCAGCCCCAUCCCCCAACAUUACUCAACAAUGCAGUACGCAACUGGAAAAAAGCUUUUUCCUGGCAGACAGUAUUGGAUCCGCCGGAAGUGAGUCCGCCACCCUCGGCACUGAGUCCACCGCUGAGCGCACCUCCGAUUCCUAUGAAUAUAGGCAAUCCUGGUGAAGAAGUACCCCCUCCAGAUCUUAUCACGCCUGCUGAGGAAGAGGACGACGACGUCUUCGAGGCGACACCAAUCACUCCUGCCGAGAUCGAAGCGAAUGCCAAUAAACGCCGAAGUCAAUCCCUCAGCUCUUUGCACGCCAAGGAGCCGCAGAGUCCGCUCAAAGCAAAAGACAGAAUACGAAGGCCUAUGAAUGCAUUUAUGAUAUUCUCGAAACGUCACCGGGCAGUUGUCCACCAAAGGCAUCCGAAUCAAGACAACAGGACUGUUUCGAAAAUUCUGGGAGAAUGGUGGUACGCACUGGGACCAGAAGAAAAACAAAAAUACCAUGAUCUCGCAUCCGAAGUGAAGGAGGCGCACUUCAAGGCGCAUCCGGAAUGGAAGUGGUGCAGCAAAGACAGACGGAAAUCGUCUACGACGAGUUUCAAGGCCGGCGAGCAAAGAGGGAAGCUCAACAGCACUGGAGAAGAAACCGAUGCUGGACCACCAUCCGACGACGUUCCCUUGACUCCAAGAACUGGUGAUGACGUCUCCAUGUCUGUUAAUUCUCUCUACACUGAAAAUCCUACCGUUGAGAUUGUUAGCCAAUCCUACACGUCCCACCGAGUACCGGAAGUACCUCUUCAUGUCGAAACAGCAGAAAUGGAAACGAAGCAGGAAGAAGAGGCAAAUGCUUCCGACGAUGAGAAAAUGGUUAUUUGCGAAGAUCCCGAACCGGAAAUAGACUUGAAGUGCAAGGACAAGUUGGUGGAUAGCGACAACGAGGGACAGGACGAAGAUCAGGAUAAGAAAAAUAUGCAGAUGUAUUCGGCCGUUGGUGGGGUACAAAAACCGGAGGGGCAGGGCGUGAAAACUGAUGUUACUUGCAGGCCCAAACCUAUCAAAGGUAAUGAACACUCUGAAAGGUUCUUCAUUUACGAAGGGAAUCGAGUUACGGGUAGUAUCACGGGAAAUAUUAUUACAGCGCGACUACCAUCCACGAGUAUAGAAACAACAGCCAAGUAUCAUCACGCUUCUAUGGAUAAGGGCGGCACAGUCUCAGUACUAUCCGCCACCUAUCCUUAUCAUAGUCCCGUCAAUCCCAGUGGUGUCUCGGGCUUCCAACCAACCGGAGGUGCUUUCAUAACAAUGCCGGUAUCGCCCAAAGUCAUCAAACCGGAAGCUGUGAAAAGCGACCAGCAGUACAGCACGCAGUACACAGUCAACAAUCUCGUUGCCAGUGUUCAUCCCGAAAAUGGAAGGAACAAAUUCACAGCUGCACCAGUAUUACAUCCUAUUGGAUCGAAACCCAUGAUGGCUUUGUUGAAACAACAGCAGCCGCUGCAACCUUUAGACACUGUUCAUCGGCCGCCGAUCUCAACGGCUUCUUAUCCAUCGUCCCUCACCUUAUUAGUCGACCAGAAUUUAGUGGCCGUUUCCAAACCCCAACAGGCGACCCAGUACAUCGGACCAGCAGCGCCUCAUUCCAGGAUGUAUUGCGGGUUUCAAAUACCAAUUUCUGAUGCAAGUGGACGUAACAUAUCAUUACAGAAUCUUAUUCCCGGUAGUAAGGUAGAAUCGCAUGGUGUGAUAGUGAGCAAGUCUUAUCCUGCCACGACGACCAAUCCCAGUACGCCUAGUUAUCGGGGAAUCGGUCACUCGAUUGCUCGACUUGCAGAAUCUGAAAAGAACGAUAUCCAGAUGUCCACUAAUCAUAAUCAAACAUAUGGUUUGCUUAUUUCAGCGAAUAACAUUAAAGAGCAAGAGAGGAAAGAUUCUGGAAAUAAUUUGAUAAAUGAUAAGCAAAAGCCACCUUCGACGCCGCACACGCCACAUACACCCCAUAGCAAUUCAGGAAGCAGUGAUCAUUCGGUCAAUAAGUCAUACUCAAUGGAGGAAUCUCUGGGCACGACUAACGAUGUAGGGUCGAAUAAGGGACCCUUUAUGCUUGCGCCAACACCUGCGCAACUAGGUCGAGCACCUCUGCAAAGGAGACAAUCAAUGGUAGCAAUGCCUCCCACAUCAAGUGCAGGAGACCAUGGGCUUCUAACGUCUCAACGUUCGGAUAACAGAUCGCUGACGAGUUCUUCGCAAAACUCGGACCAGUCACCACAGCAAAGUAUGUCGGAAUCUCUCCCUUCGCCAUCGCCCUCCGCAAAGAAAGGGUCAUUCUUCAAGAAAAACGUUGAAGAUGGAAUGGACAGGGUCCUUGAGCAAGUCAAUUUUCAAGAAAAAUUUUCAUCGCUGCCGGAGUUCAAGCCAGAAGAUAUACAGAGUCCUAGUGCAAUUAGUAUGAACGCCUCCGCAGGAUCGUCCGCUCAUGGUCCAGUAACUGGAGGCUUACAUCCUUCGAAUAUGUCAUCCAUGCAGAGUUAUCGCAAAAAAUCCGGCCAGGGCCCUCACCGAUCCACAAUGAAUGAGGAAGAAAUGGAAUCUGACGCAUCGAUUCCAGCCACCCCAAAGUCGACAGCAAGCGUGAAAUUGACCGGAAACACCUUUUUUGGGCCGGACUUUAAUGUGGAUGCGUACAGAGCGAGCUCCGAUCUUUUGUCAGAAGUCGAGGCGACUUCGCCUCGAACUCCAAAAACGCCUGGCGGCGGUGUGGGAAAUACGGUGGGUGUUGGCAGAAACGACAACGAGCGUGGCCACAGGAAAAUUCUUGAACAACGGAGACAGCUGGUGAUGCAGUUGUUUCAGGAGAACGGAUACUUCCCUUCGACACAAGCGACCUCGGCCUUUCAGACCAAACACUCCGAUAUAUUUCCGAGCAAGACGAGUCUGCAGUUAAAAAUUCGAGAGGUCAGGCAGAAACUCAAGUCCACUUCCACUCCGAUGAGCGCCAAUAGUCUUGUGAGUCCGCUACCAGUCGCGGAACCAUCGCCUAAUGUUAACGUUUCGACCGAUUCCAGAAUGCCUCCUUCCAAUUGGCGUCAAUGGUGGCUUGAAAGUAAUAACUGCUGAAGGUCCCUUGACCGCACCUCCCACAUCCAUGGGAGCUCCUCAAUCACUGCCUGUAAGCAGCAGUGGUAGCUAGCACCCACGAGUCAACUGUGAUACUUUGCAUCCCCUAACUCCUAAACACGAAUACAUCAUUAUCCUCUAAUGAGGAACGCUGGUUGGUUACUUGAUAAAAGAAAUUGUUGAUGUACAGUUUCCUUGCAGUGCAUAAACUGUGCGAAAGGCUUCAGUGCAAUUCGGAUCUUGAUAUAAUCUCUUGUAGGUAAAGUAAGAAAGGAUAUUCACCAAGGCUGUGUUUUUUAAUGUACAACCAUCAGUUAUGGCAAAAAGACCCUUUGGAACAGUUUCAGAAUGUCACGAGCGAAGCACAAAGUCCGUUCCCAUUCCCAUGACUCUCUAAUAAUACAAUUA